UGUGCAGGUAACGAGAGGCCAACACAGCUGCGCCAAAGAUAUUUGGGGGGACAUGACUCAGUCGUGGCCUUCCCAACAAGCCUUAGCGGGUGACCGGCGGAUUCUCUUCAACCCUACGGAUGGAGAACAGCCGACAACACAACGGAGGCAAGGGCGGGGGGAUGCUCAGCCGCCGACGAACCGUCAUCCCCGCGUGGCGCCUCACAAGUCGAUGCUUGUCGAUGACCUAAAAUUAAGCAGCGAUGAGGACGACGUGCAAAGGGAAGGUGAUUCUCAUUGCCGAUUCAAGCCUGUUAACACAGCUACUCAUGAAUCCGCUUCCUGGGACAGACACAGCCCGUCGCACACAAAUGGCAGGAGGGCGAGAAAUUCCAGCUCGGACUCCUCGCAAUCCCACUCUUCCGUGGAGUCGGUCAGCGGCAGCCUUCGUUCCCGGAGCUCCAGCCCAGCUGCCUCACCCAGAGACGCGCAAUCCCCACGCAGCAGCAACAAGGAGAGCGAUCGGCCCACAGCUGCCCAGUGGCAAUUCGAUAAGUGGCUGAAGAAGUCCCAGAAAAAAGCAGCUCCAAGUGACCAUUUUCCCACCCGUAGCAUUCCCGGAAACCUUCCCUCUCCGCACACGCUCCGAGCGCCGUCUCCGGCGAGAUGCUGGGACAGCAAUCGGGAAUACGGCCCUAGCCGAAGUCCCGUUCCCAGCCCGCAGUCGAGCUGCAGGCCCGGCGGCCCCCCGUUGAGUCCCGGUUACAGCUUCUGUCCGAGCCCGCUUCCUAGCACCUGCCCGAGUCCUAGCAAUAGCAGGUACAGUCCUGGACCGAGUCCAGUUUCAAGUGGUUUCCCAAGUCCGUGCGGGAGCCCGAGAGCGGAGCGGAGCCCGGGGCCAAUUCAGAGAGACCCUCGGGAAAGUCCCACUCCAUCGCCUUCCCAGUGCCACCGCUACCCUGAGGUUCAAAGUCAUCUGUACCCAGUGCCACCUCCCCGCAGGACAAAAGUUAGGUCACGGAUUGGCCCAUUGUCUAACUCUAACGCCAAAACCAAGCACACAAAUAGCACAGAGCCUCCCCUUCAUCAGCACAGGCCCAAGGCGAGGCCCACAGAAGGCAGAGACCACAGACAAAACAAAUCCAAAGCCGUUUUAAGACCACAGAGCAAUUCCCAUCCAGUCACUAAAAAGCCAGCCAAACACACAUCACAUUACGAGCUGAUCCAGGGAGGCCGACCCGGCCGCAGCUCCGACCGCGAGACUCGGCAUCCAGUUCGGCACAGUUCUCAACACAAUACAGCGAGAACAAAACACCAUCUUCCCACUGGCUGUAAAACCGCCGUCAGUCAAAGUUCGACCGCUAAAGCUGCCGGUAAUAAUCACUUGAGACCGGGUCCUAAUCUACAACCGUGGGCCAAGGCGAGUCCUGUUAAUGUUAGUCCUUUCAAAACAUCACACGAGAAGCUCCAGCCCAAGAAACGUGAGGUGGUCCACAGAGAAGUUCCUCACACCGAAGGCGAGGGGAGGAAGGACAAGAGGAAAGAGGGAAGAAAGGAAGAAAAGAGGCUGGCGGAGGAGCAGCUCCUGAGACCUCGCUGGAUCGAGAGUUCCGCAGAAGAGGAGGAAGGGGAGGUGGUCCUUGUCGAGAGGCAGAGGCGGCCUCGCGAGGAACAACAAAGCCGUGAGAGUCAAACAAUCCACUCGAAAGAGCGACAGCGCCGUCACGAUCAGCUGCGCCGACAUAGACGAGGUGAGAAAGAGGUGAACCGGCGAGACGCUUCGUCUUCACUCAGCCCUCCUCGUCGGCGACGGUCCCCCUCAUCCUCUGCCUCGUCAAAUUCCGAUUCGGAAUAUCAAGUCGCCAAGGUUCCGGCGGACUCCACUUCACUCCGGAGUCUCCGCAAGAGAGGCCACCGCGGCUCCGGAAGACCCGAUGCCGGCGAGUCCCGAGGAACGCACUCAGAGAGCCCAGCCGAGGGGCAGCAGAGCGAGACCGGGCACAAACUCUACACGCUGGUCCCGUUCGGGCGAAGCGAGCAGGCCGCGCCGCCUUCCCAACGAGGGCUGCGAAACCUGGUGGUGCACAUUGACCUCUGUCUCCUCAAGAGGGUCCCGGACACUGCUGUUAAUUCCGCCCUCAAAGCCACUAACCCUUCCUCCUCCUCCUCCUCUUCUUCUUCGACGACCAAAGACAAACAAACGGAGGCUAUGAAACAUCUGUAUACGCCUGACACCGUCUCACAAGACAGCAGAAGGAAACGCAAGUUGGAGAAUGGCGUCUCACAUAAAGAAAGCAAGAGGAACGUGCCGCAUACGAAAGACGUCGCCGGUCGCACAGAGUCAUCGUCGCUUGCGGCUGAGCGCGACUUUUCAACUGAGACCGUGCAUAAUGGAUUUUUGGAGGAGUACUUGGACAGUAAGCGGCCAUUAUCUCCCCUGUCGCCGCUGUCUGACAGCCCCGAGCCCAGCAACCUUUCAUCCAAAGCAAAAAACAGCGAGGUUUAUCGCAGGAACAAAGAUAAGAACCGAGAUUCGGCACUAAAGCCCAAAAAGGAGGUGGAUUGUGUAAAAGUGUCCAGACAGCCUUUGUCAGCGUCUUGGGGCCCUGCCGGACACAGAGCGGCCGUGUCGAACACAGAAACGCCGCACCACGCCGAGUACUACCUACACGAAGCCAAAAGGAUGAAGCACCGUGCAGACGCCAUGGUGGACAAGCUGGCAAAAGCCGUGAAUUACGUCGACGCUGCUCUCUCGUUCAUGGAAUGCGGCAAAGCGAUGGAGCGAGGCCCGCUGGAGGCAAAAUCCCCCUACACCAUGUACGCCGAGACGGUGGAGCUCAUAAGGUAUGCAAUGAGGCUAAAGAGCCACGCCGGUCCCGGAGCGCGACAAGAAGACAAACAGCUGGCGGUACUCUGCUUUCGGUGUCUCGCCCUCCUCUACUGGCAGAUGUUUCGUUUAAAGAAGGACCACGCACUGAAAUACUCCAAAGUACUGCUCGACUACUUUAAGACUUCUCCCAAAGUGCCUCCGAUGCCAUCCUGCUGGAAUGACACCGGGAAGGAUACAGGAGGGCCCCCUCCUUCUGUCCUGACCGAUGCCACCGCCCCCUCACUCAUAAGCAUCCCUCAACGUAUCCACCAGAUGGCGGCGAGUCACCUGAACAUCACCAACAGUGUCCUGUACAGCUACGAGUACUGGGAGGUUGCUGACAACCUUGCAAAGGAGAGUAAAGAGUUCUUCAACUACUUGAAUACUCUGUCCGGGCCGUUGACGCUUCACAGCAGCAUCGCUCACGCAGUGCAGUACACCAGGCAAGCUCUUCAGUGGAUCCGCAUCAGUGCCAAACUUAACUAACAAGCACAAGAUGCCCACUGUGUCAACAGCGACAGCGAGGAGAACCUUUUUCCUUAUGGAAAACAUAGUGCAGAAAUGGAGCAAAUGUCUAUUAUUAGAUACAAAGACCAUUUGUGGGUUCCUUUUGCCUUCCAGGGGCGGUCGGUUCCCCCCACUUGAACUAAAGAGAUCUGAACUGUGAACGUGCCUGCGGAGUUGGAAUUGAGCAAUUUUAGGACUCAUUCACUUCCUUCCUCAUUGGAUGAACCUGGAAAGAUGUGCAUCGAGAUUUGAAGCCUCUGAUUCUUUGCCAAAUGUCCAAUUGCGACAUAAGUCACUGUAAUGUCUGCAAAUUGUAGCGCAAAGGCCUUUUAUAUGUUAUACCAUUGUACUUUUUCACUAUGUACAAAACAGUUUUGAAAAAUUUGCAUUGUUGGCAAAUGAUUUGUUUUAAUGGCUAUUUAAAUCUUUGUUCUACUGUGCAAUAUUUGUCAGACGUGUUUUAGCAACAAAAAAAAAAAACAGUGUGGGUCUCUCACUGCCCAUGUUUGAGGUUACUUCUAUGCAAAAAGUGAAAAAUACAGUUGCCGAUAUUGUGGGGAAUCAAAUUUUAACAUGUAAUCGUCACGAAUGAUCUGUUUUCAAAUGUAUAUGUCUAUUUAAUUUCUUUUGUUUCAUACAAUGUUUUUCUACUUUUUCUUUUGAAUUGUAUGUGACAGGAAAGAUCAGGGAGGAAUAAAAUACAGUUGUUUUCUUUUGCAAUUCCGCUUUAAGACCACUUCAGAUACAAACAAAGCCAGAGGCCAAUAUGGAUUAUCAGUACAGUAGAUACAUAAAAAAAAAAAAUACCUGCAUAUUAUCUUUCUCACGCGAUGUUGUGAACUUCUGUUUCCAAGCCAGUGUUGUAUUGAGCAGGCUAAUGCUGCCUGGAGGAAUUUUGUCAUAGCGUAAACGUAGGGUCUACAUUAACCUACAUUGUAGGCCUUAGUUGUCCUUCUUUCGGCAGCAAACUAGUUGAGAGCUAACCAGUGCCUCUGCUGGUUGCAGCCGAGUAGUGCACUGCAUUUUUGCUUCAGUGGCUUAUGAAUCAACAAUCAACUCCACACAGUUGACUGAUGAUAAAUUGACUAAAAUAGCAACACAUCUGCGUGUGAUGCACUACAGUUCCACACUACUAAAAAAAAAAAUACAAAUAUAAUAAAACAA